GCAACCUCUCCCCUCAUCGCUCGUCGCGGCCGCCUCGCACCCUCUACUUCGCCCAGCUACCCGUAGUUCAUGAACGCCUAAUCACCGUCUCUUCCGUCGCCCAUGAAACUCACGCUCCGUCCAGAGUGGCGCCUCCGGCCGCUCUCCACCUUCCUUGGCUUCCUCGACAUCAAGACCGGGGUCACCAUCGCGCUCCUCUUUGCCCUCCUCAACAAGGUUGCUGGCGUGUAUGGCCUCAUUGCUGUCCUCACUGGCGCAGGCGGGUCCGCCGCGCAGCUCAGCCUGUAUCUCUACUCAGUCCUCGGUCUAGUCGCCCUGACGUGGGGUUUGAAAGCUAUUCUCCACGAGGACGCAAAACGGACACUUUACUUCGCCCACCUGUUCUUCGCCGACCACAUUCUCUCGACGGCCUGGCUCGUUUACUUCGGCGUACUCUGGUGGUUCUAUACCCUGCAUGACGGCCGCGUGAUUGCGAACUCCGAUGCCCAGAAGGAGGUCAUGGAGAGCGGCGCCGGACACAACAUGACCGACGAGGAGCGCGCGGCAGCGGCCAUGACUCUCUGGAACGCGGAGAAAGGGAUUGCGAGCGCAAUGAUCAUCAUUGGCUGGAUCGCCAAGAUCUACUUCUCUGCUCUGUUAUACUCGUACGCCAUUCACCUCCGGAAAGGCUCGUACCGCGCCUUGCCGCGGUCCCGGCCAUACCAGGCAAACACCUCCGCGAACGGCGGCGCGUACGCAGCUUCCGCCCUCCCUGACGGCGACGACGACGACGUCGAGGAGUUCUACCGUCUCCCUGUACGGGCGCCAGCCCAGCAAGCACCACCCAACGGCAACGCCCACAUCGGACACACCCCCACGUCCUCCCACUCUAGCUUUGCCGACUUUGUGAGCGCACCCGGUCGGACGCGACGCGGGAAGCCGGGCAGGUCGAACCUCAGCGUCAGUGUCAAGGCGAAGGGCGGCGCCGACGGCGCGGAGGUAUUGUUCGACGAGGAGGCGGAUGCUGCAGGUGCUGCGGAUGCAAGGCCGGAGGAUAGGGUGCCGCUGAUGACCCCGUCGGGGCCCUCCUCACAUAGCCGGAGGCCGAGCAGGAGCAGGGAGUGAGUCGUGUUCGGAGGGGUAUAUGCUGUUCGAAGGCGGGUAGACGCAGGGCACGGGGCGUAGAACUCAAUACACAGGUCUCGGGAGUCAGACGAUCACGUAGCAGACAUUUGCGUAUAUUCGGAGCACACUUAGCUAUACCACAGAUGAUGUCCGUAAUUGCACAGGUACCCUC